ACCCGGUCUUCUCUGUCUCUCUCAAGAUUCCAUGUCUCGGCAACUUCCUCUCUCUUUCUCUAUAAGUCUAAUGGUACUCGGCUUCUGCGAGUGGCAACCCUGCUCUCUCUUUCUCACUCUCUCUCUCUGAGAGGAAGGUGAUGGCGGCGACCAACGAGGCAGGACGGACGGGAACGGAGAGGCCGCCGGGAGGCUUAGCAGAGAGUCAAGAGUCCGGCAGCUACGACGACUUCGAGAGCACGUGCUCGACGCCGUACGUGAGCGCACCGUCGAGCCCCGGCAGGCCGUCCGUUGCCAACAAUGGCUACUUCUUCAGCGCCCCGACGAGUCCCGUGCACUACUUCGGUACCCCCUUCUUGGAGGACCCUACCCUCGAGCCCGACCAUUUUCCGGCGAGGAUCUCCGGCAUGAUUCCUUCUCCAUCGACCGACUUCGAGUUCGCUUCACGGUUACCCGCUGCCGGGACCAACUCGGUAUCGAGCCCGCCGGCGAUGAUGAUCUCGGCGGACGAGCUUUUCCUCAAUGGGCAGAUCCGGCCGAUGCGUCUUCCGACCCAUAUUCAGAAGCCCUCGCCCUCGCCGGGAAAUGGUCCGAAACUUGGUAAACCCUCUAGUGUGGAGACUCCGGACGACGAUGCUACCGUCCGAGGCAGGGAUUUGCGGUCCAAAAACCGGUCGCUCCGCCGGCGGACACGGUCGCUCUCGCCUCUCCGGAAUACGGAGCUCGGGUGGCCGGAUUUCCCGCGGGUGGCGGUGGAAGAGGAGGAAGAGGAGGAGAGGAAGCCAGCCGACCCGGCGCCGGCUGCGGCCGCGGCGAGACGGAGCUCGAAGCGGUGGAUAAGCCUCAAGGACUUCCUGUACCGGAGCAAAAGCGAAGGGAGGGGCUACGUAAAGGAGAAACUAUCAUGGUCAGCCCUCUCUUUUUCUCCUUCCAAGGAGAGGAAGGCCUCCGCGGCGACGUCGACGACCGGAGCGGCGGAUAAGCCAGGUGGAGGGACGGAGAAAAAGAAGAAGGCUUCAGGCGGAAAUGGCGCCGGAAAACGGCGGAUCCCGGCUCCGUCGGCUCACGAGCUGCACUACGCCGCGAAGAGGGCGCAGGCGGAAGAGAUGAGGAAGAGGACGUACCUCCCUUACCGGCAGGGCCUGCUGAGUUGCCUGGGAUUUAGUUCCCGGAGCUACUCGCUCGUGAACGGCCUCGCUAAGACGCUCCACCAUCACCCUGUUCCUUCCAGGUAAACGCCGGUGGCCACCCUUUUCCGGAAGCGGAGAUCAGGACAUCUUGGGGAGUAUGAGAAUGGAGUUGGGAUGGAGGCAUUUUGUUAAUUAUCCCAUGGCUGCAAUAAUGGUGGUUGCAGUGGGUCCUGUCUUUAAAUUCACUUUGAGUUGGAUGGCAGAUACAUCUGAAGGCUACUCAAUACAUGUUUCUGGAGCUAAGUCGGUAUAUCAUGGUUUUCUUCAACUCUGUAGGAUCCCCACAAGAACUUCCUGAAAUCUCUAAAGUUUGCUCAUGUGCGAAGAUUAUCCUGUGUGAGGACCGUGGAGAACUGAUGUGAAUGGUGAUGGCAUUGGUUGUACGAUGGUUAUGAGAUGUGCAUGUGUGUGUGGAUCAGUGUUGAUGGCUGGUUUCUAUAUUCAUUUGUUAGUGCUCUCCCACCUUCAUUGAGAUCUGAGAACCAGAGUUUGUUUAUUUCUUGGUUUUUGGUCAAUCUACAUGUGAUUGUUGUCCCAGUUUCAACUUUCAUGAUGGUGGUAAAGAGGUUGUAGCCAUUUUUUUUCUCCCUCUAGCUUUCUUGACUUUGGGAAAAUUCCAGAUUAGGUGAUUGUUCUUUCAUAAUUAUGAAAGGGUCUUUGCUUCUGUUUUUUAACAUCAUGCUUAGCUGUUUCUGAGAUCUGUCAACUGAGGCUGUACUUUUAUCCUUGUCUCAUAGUCCUGGUUAAGGGAUCUGUGAAAGUUAACUCUU